AUGGACAAGGUCACCGAACAGAUGAAGGGCUCCCAGCAGCCUGGAGACGCCAAGAACACUGCCAAAAAGUUCACCGAUCAAGGUCAGGGCAAGGUUGAUGAGCUCAAGCAGAAGGGCCAGGAGGCUACUCAAUCUGUCAAGGAUGCCGCAUCCAAUGUCACAGGUAGUGUACCAGGCGGUCAAAAGGAACACGGAAUUGUGGCCAAAUUUUACAACUUCCCUUCUCAUUGCCUUGCAUGUACCGAUACUCGAGCACCAGCCCCUCCAGCUGUAGCAGAGACGUCGUGGACGACACAUAGGAGAUACUUGCGAUCUGGUAUUAUAAAUAUUUCGUGUAUCUUUGUCCUUAACCGCAAAAGCUUUAAUUCGUCAUCUUCCUCGCGUUCCGGCGGUGUCUGGUCUUCAAAUGGAUUACCGCCAGCUGGCUCACUGUCUUUAUUUGGACUCUUCUUCUUCUCAUUUUCUGCUCCAUGGUCGUCUUCAUUAUCUGCCGGUGAAGAUAGAGCGGUACUCAAGGAUGAUGCGGACGAAACGAAUGCGUCUACAGGGCUGCUGGCCGCCUCCGAGAGUUCACCAUCUUGGUCCGUUAUUGACGAAGGUGUUGCCGCCUCUGCUGAUGGGGCGGAAGUCGGUGACGUUGCAUUUGUUGUGCUCGGCGCCGCCAGAAGGCCUGUUGUCUGUAUUAUCGAGCCAUCCUUGCGCGAAAGUAUCAAUGUCGACUGUACCCCGGGCCGUGAUGUGAGAUGA